AUGAUACCCAAAGAAUCCCUACUUCCCGAUGACGUGGUCGUCAUCGCAGGAGGUGGGCCGAUUGGACUGGCCCUGGCACGAAUUCUCUCCCACCGCGGCGUUUCUUCGAUAUUGUUUGAGCGCAACCGAACAACCACCAGUUGGCCAAAGAUGGACUUGACGAAUGCACGUUCCAUGGAGCUAUUCCGCACUAUUGGACUUGCAGCUGAGCUGCGAAAGCACGGCGUUGACCCGGAUAUUGAUGCAGAUGUCCUCAUGUCCACAGGCAUGGGAAAGGAUUAUUUAUUGAGCAAGUGGGAACUUCCGGGCGUCCACAAAUUUGAACAACAGAUUAGGGAGUGUAACGACGGCACUCAGCCCCGUGAGGCCUGGCAGCGGAUCUCGCAAGCCGUGUUCGAGAAGUGGCUGAAAGCUAUAUGUGAUCGGGAUCCACGGAUCGAUAUACGCUUUGGCUGGACUGUGGAGAGUGUCUCGGAGGAAGAACAACGUGUAUUGACAACGGUCAGGGACCCUGAUGGCACCACACAUGUGUUCGUUUCAAAAUACUUGGCCGGUUGCGACGGUGGAUCCAGCAUUGUAAGACGAUCGCUCGCAAUACCCUUAGAAGGUGGACCGAUUCCAGUAAGAGCCACCCUAGUUCACUUCAAGUCCCGAGACCUUCAACGACUGCACAAACACGGUCGAUUCUGGCAUAUUUUUAUUACCAACCCUGCAGGAGGUCUCGGGGGAGCUAUAAUUGCUCAAGACGAGGUCGAUACAUGGACUACCCAUUUGUUUCUACCCGCGGACGUCGAGGACGAGACGGACAAUAUGAGUGCUGAAGAUGUGGUGGCUCGAGUGCUGGGCGGCAUGAACGACCCCUAUCCCGUCAAGAUUGACAGAGUUCUUGUCCGAUCCACGUGGCGACCGGUCAUAGCCGUCACUAAAAGCUGGUCUGGACCACACUGUCGCGUCCUACUGGCAGGAGAUGCCGCACAUCAAAACAUUCCGACUGGAGGGUACGGCAUGAAUAUGGGCAUAGCGGACGCUUUCGACUUGGGAUGGAAGUUGGCUGCUGUCGUGAACAAGUCAGGCGGCACUGACUUGCUCCGCUCUUAUGAACUGGAAAGAAAACCUGUUGCGGAGCGCAACGUUGCUCGUUCUGGUGACCACUUCAAAACCCAUGCGGAUUUGCAAACCCUGCUCACUCGGGAUGGAUCGGACCCUAACCACGUUGAUGAGGACACCGAGAAGGCGCGGGAGACACGGGUCAAGGUCGACGAGCACUAUCAGGAGCAUGAUGGCGAGAACAAAGAUUUCGGAAUCGAAAUGGGCUACCGCUACAAGUCUCACAUCAUCGUACCCGACAAAGACAGCCCUCCGCUGGCUGAACCUGAGUGGAAACCUUCUGCCUACACACCAACAACUUGGCCCGGCGGUCGCCCGCCCCACCUAUUCCUCAGCCACGGAGGCGCACUGUUCGAUGAGCUAGGCAAGGACUGGACUCUUCUGACAUUUGACGAUAACGCCCCUGGAGAAGAGCAUUUGGUAACAGCAGCUUCCAAGCUGUCCAUUCCCCUCAAAAUCGUGUCCUUGUCCCACGAGGCGCUAGCGAAGAGACUGUAUGAACGCAACCUUGUCCUUCUUCGACCCGAUCAGCACGUUGCGUGGAGAGCCAAUUCACUAGGUACAGAGGAUGAAGCACAGAGCGUGUGGAACGUGGUGACUGGCCAGACGGAGCGCGCAGAAAGCAACGGUGUAGCUCACUGA